CCGGAGACACCAAGCAAGAGAGAGAGAGAGAGAGAGAGAGAGAGAGAGAGAGAGAGAUGAUCGACCACUAGAAGAAGAAGAUAUUAACUAUUACAGGGAGAAGAAAAUGGAUCGGCAUAACAUUGUAGAAGAUUCAAACCCUAACGUUAAUAAGGUUGAAGUUGUCCUCAAGACUAUUGGUCCCGCUCGCCCCUCUCGCCUUCUCGUUCCAUCUUCCAUCAAGGUGCGUGAUUUGAGACAAUUAAUCGCCAGCAAUGAUAAUUUACCAAUUGAGAACUUGCGCCUUAUUCUACGUGGAAAUGCAUUAUGUGAUGUGAAAAAUGAAAAUGAUGUACAAGUACAACUCAAUGAUGGAGAUUGCCUAAUUGUUGCUGUCAAACCAAAGCCACCAGUGAAGGAUGGAUUUGACAAUGAAGAUGAUGAUGAUGAUCUGAAAUUUCGUCUUCCACGUUCAUCAAGUCGGUGGAAGAAGAGGCUAUACUCAUUUCUACAUGAUAACUUGAAGCUUCCAGAUAUUCUCCUGAUGGUAAUCUUCAACCUGACUCUGAAGGCAUGGAUGAUCAUAAUUAUGUGGUUUAUCCUUGCACCUGUUGCCCAUAGAUGGGAUCUUGGACCUUUGUAUAUACUUGCAACUGGCUUUUGUCUCAUUCUCUUCAAUCUUGGAAAGCGGCAAGCUGGUGACAUCAGGUAUAACCAGCAGACAUUAAUUGUUGUGUACUACGAUCUUAUGAUUCAACUGCAGCACAAGUGCAUAUUCUAUCUUCAAUGAAGACUUUAGAGAGCUUCCAGGGACGCUUAAUGCAGAUCGGCUUGAUAGAGAUAUAAGAGCUGGACAGUUUUGAGGCCCCUCUUUGAAACUUCUUCCAAAUCCAAAACACUGAUGAUGUCAUGUGACAUAUAAAUGUAUAUCUAUCUACACAAUCCCAAGGAGGUUUUGACUUUUGACUAUAGCCAAAGAGUUAGCAAAUACGGUACCUGUUUUUAGCUGUUUUGUAGGUGAAGUACCAUGAAGGUGACAAAGUUUUCUGUGUAGUUUUGACCCUUUUUUGGGUUCUUCCUAGUAUAUAGCUACGCUAGUAACAUAAUGUAUUGAUAUGUGCUUAAAAAUUAAUAUUUAACUAUUGCAAAAUGAUUUUUAAAA